CCGUCUGUGUGUCAUUUUGCCCCUAAUUGACGAAAACUAUAAUUGCAUCUUUAUUAUUUCAUUUAUUUCAAUUAUGUUGUUAUGGUCUGUGCAUAUUUUUUAGGUUGGUUUUACGUUGACGGGCGUUUUCUCACUAUUCAGUAGUUCGCCUUGGGCUUGUCACACCGAACCCAUGAUCUCAUGGAGAAAUGCCAGGAUUUUAAGACCUUGCCUUUGCGUUACAUAAUUCAAAUAUUUCAGAUUAUUUGCACUCUUUACAUGCCGUUCAGUGUUGCUUGGUGUCCUGUAACUUUGAUAAUCUUCUUCAAAUCGAAGCCUGGCUGUCGUCAGCGUUUUCGCCAGAUUAUCCUUUGCCACUCCAUCUCACAGCUUCAUGCUCCCAACACAGAGCAUCCAGGGGGAGCUUGUGAUCCACCAGCUGACUGCUAAUCCUCUGUGGCUGAUAACUUGUGACCUAGCAUCCUUGUGUCCUCAUGCGUUGGUGAUAUGGGAGAGUGGUGGACAACUGCGACAGGAGACUCGUCUAUGGGAGCCUAUGAGAUCUCUAGCAUUUCACAUGUGACGAUGUCCCCGUCAAGACAGAACAACCUUGUGUCACUGCAGCCUUCGUUUAAGAACUACAAUCUGCUCGCAGUCUUUUGCACAGAUGACAACAUCCCGCAGUGUAUCUCCUACAUCAAUCAGGAGUUCUCCUCCCUGGGUCUCUCCUCAUGCAUGGAGCUAAGAUCAGCAGGAGGCGCAGGCCUCAGCGCAGUGCCCGCUUUGAACGCUGCUUUCGAGCUGCUGCAGAUCCACAGGCGCACUCUGGCCAGUUUGGAGGAGAUUGAGAAAGAGCAGUACAAGAGGUCCAGCACCUUGGAUCACAUGCAGAUGAGCAAUUCAAGACUUAGGGAUCAGCUUGAACUGUCCAUUCGGGAGAAAUCGGGUUUACAUGAAACCGAAAGGCAGCUUCAACUCAAAAUAAAGACUCUACAAAGUUGCCUGAAGACGGAGAAAGAUGAGGUCCAAAAGCUUCACAGUAUAGUUGCCAGCCGCGCGUCGCAGUAUAACCACGAUGCCAAGAGGAAAGAGAGAGAGUCGGCGAAGCUCAAGGAACGUCUCAGUCAGCUACUUGUGGACAGAAGAGAUAGAAAAUUGGCUAUUGACGUGCUGAAUUGCAUUGGACGAGCAGACGGCAAAAGGAGCCACUGGAAGACCGCCAAAGUCACAGCCAGUCACGAAGGGCAGAUGUAUAAAUCCAUGUUGCGUGACUACGAAGCAACCCAGCGGUCACUGAUGCUGGAGAAUGCAGAGCUAAAGAAGGUCCUACAGCAGAUGAAAAAAGAAAUGGUACACAUGUUGAGUCCACGCCAGGUGCCAUGCAGAGGAGCAGGCACUGAUGACAGCAAAGAGGCGUUGGAUUCUGAUGGGGAGGAGAAGACAGGUGACUCCAGUAAGGAAAUACUGGACCGGUCCUGUGACCCAGCGAGGGAGGAGCUCACCAACAGCAUUCGCCAACAAUGGAGGAAAGUGAGGAGCCACAUGGAGAAAUUGGACCACCAAGUUAAAAAUCAGGUGGAGUCCAAUAAGGAGGUGAUCCCGAGGGAAACCCACGAGGACGAGAUGGAGAGGAUGAGGCGCGAAGUGCAGCAGUGCAAAGAGUUCAUUCACACACAGCAGCAACUCCUCCAGCAACAACUGAACGGGUCAUUUGACGACGAGACGGCCGGGCUCCUUAGUGACUGCUACACUCUGGAAGAGAAGGAGCGGCUCAAAGAGGAAUGGAGGCUAUUUGAGGAGCAGAAAAGGAAUUUUGAGAGGGAGAGAAACUAUUUCACUGAGGCCGCUAUCCGCCUCGGACGAGAGAAAAAGGCUUUUGAGGAGGACCGUGCCUCAUGGCUGAAAAGUCAGUUUCUAAACAUGACCCCCUUUGACAACCGGAGUAGAUGCUCCUCAAUUGAUGGUUAUAGUGCCUUAUCGAUCAGAAGCGAGCCAGAGACGAGGGCAUCUUCGGCGAAAAGCCAGUUUUCCAAAUCCCUAAACUAUACAUCGUUCUCUACUGCUAAACCUGUUCCUGCACAGAGCAACAUGGUGCCAUCCACUGCUGAACUUAACCGGCCAUUCUACCUAAUCCCAGACUCUAGUUCCUCUGGGUGUUUAAAUCGAGUACGGCGGCAAGAGGCCAGCAGCACGUUGGAAGAUGACAGAGACUAUCGUGUCAUGGCCAAAAACGGAGUCUACAAUGGAGACUUGAGUAUCUUCUCUCUCGAGACUGAUCAGAGCAGCCUCACUUAAGAGCCAAUGUGGCUGAGGAACUCUUGAAUAUUUUUUUUCAUACGUGCAUACCGAUCAGUGACCAAAUGAACAAGAACGCACUUUAUAAAAGUCUGCUCUGAAAGGGGCUGAGAAUUUUACCAUGUACUGAUAUGAUUGGUUUUCUUAUUCUAUCGAAGCCCUGUUGCUCUUAAAUGUUUUCAAAGAUAAUAUGAUGGACAGUCAGUUGAUUACUUCAAUACAUUUUUGUGUAAUAUCUAUAUAAGAUGAUUAAUAAAGAGUUAUUUGAUUUAAA